AAGACUGCGAGGUUCGUUCGGGAGAGAGAAGCUCCGAAAAUUAUCGUCGUGGAUCAUCUUGGAAGUUCCUGGAAUUUCCUUGCCAUAAUCAGCCCCUCCCUCUCCCUGUUUCUCUCUCUCCGCUCCCCCCCUCCCUCUCUUUAAGAGUUCGCUGUUUCCUUUCUCCCAUUUCUGGUUCUUGUCUGGUGAGAAAUUAGUUCUUCUCCUUCAUCUCUCUCCUUUUUCCCCUUUCCUGUGCCUUUUCCUGUAUCUCCUCAAUUGGUGUUCUGGUGUUCCUUUUUUGGUUUUCGUUCAUUUUAUCAGAGUCAGAAACCAAAAAAAUUGAAUAUUUUUCUUGUGGGUGGUGACAUUUUUACGGUUUGAGAUAAGGGACGUCUUGCGCUUUGGGGCAUUUCCUUAGUCUUUGGAUUAGGGUUAUGUCCCCAUCGUCGUUCUGGUACGAGCUUUGAAUUCUCGGUUUUUGUUAUAGGAAUUUGAGUUAUGGGUUUGUAGUUUGAUUCGUGAGUUUCUCAAGAAUCCAAUCGAGGGGAAAAGAUCGCUUCUUUUCCUUUUAAUUGGUAAGAAAAUGGGUUCUCUUUCUUAAUCCCUGUUGUUGUUAGGCGUGUAAGCCUUCAAAUCCCAAGGCUUUUACUUGAGGUUCCAGAGGGAAGAUUCGAUCUUUCCCGUCCUUCUUCAAAAGAAGGAGUUCUUCUUGUGAUCCAAUGGAGUCGUAGGAGUUGUUUUUGGGGCUAGCUGCGUCUUUGGGGCGGUUUAGGUAGAAGCUUCAGGUUCUUCGGUUGGUUUCUGCAUCCCGAGGAUGUCGACUGCUGCUGGUGUUCUGAGCCCCGUUCGCGAGGACCACUUUGUCUCUAUGGGCUACGCUCGAAGGGGCAAGUCAUGGGACGAAUCGAUCCUCAUCUACCUCACCCUUGCUGGUUCUGUAAUCCCGAUGCGCGUGUUGGAGUCGGAUUCAAUCGCCUCCGUGAAGCUGAAGAUCCAAACGUUCAAGGGAUUUCUGAAGAACAAGCAGAUGUUGGUUCAUCGCGGAAGAGAGCUCGCAAGAAACGAUUCUUUGAUCAAGGAUUAUGGGGUGUCGGAUGGCAAUGUGCUUCAUCUGAUCAUUCGUCUGUCCGAUCUUCAAUCCAUCACGGUGAAGACCGUAUGCGGUAAGGAGCUUGAAUUCCAGGUCGAACGGCAUAGAAAUAUUGGCUAUGUCAAGCAGCAGAUUGCCCGCAAAGGAAAGGGCCUCGUCGAUCUCAAAGAUCAGGGUCUCGUCUGUAAUGGGGAGGAGCUAGAUGAUCUCAGCCUUGUCGAUGAUAUCUGUACAGAUGGGGAGGCUAUGAUUCAUUUGAUAGUGCGGAAGAACGUCAAGCUUAGUGGGAGCCCGGUAGAGAAAGACUAUGAAUUAUCAAUCGUUGCAUCGACUGUCAGCGAGAAACCGGUCGAUGAACAGAGGACCACGGAGGAAUGGAGCUAUAAAUCGGAGUUUGAAGCCAUAACCAGGAAAACACCUGAUAGCGAUUACUGGUUGGAACCUGUGAUUGUGAACCCUGUGGCAGGAUUGGGGAGCGUGCUUAGGGAUCUAAUAGAUUCUGUGGUUGACGGAAUGGCGAGUGGUUACUCGCCUAUCAGGUCUUCGGAGGGCUCAGGCGGUGCUUAUUUCUUACGUGAUUUCUCUGGUAACAAGUACGCGGCAGUGUUCAAGCCCAUUGACGAAGAACCUAAGGCUGUGAACAAUCCGAGAGGGCUGCCCGUAUCUCUGGACGGAGAGGGACUGAAGAGGGGCACCAGAGUUGGUGAGGGAGCUCACAGGGAAGUUGCAGCCUACAUUCUGGAUCAUCCGAAGGGCGGCAGGCGGCUCUUUUUUGACAAUGCAGUAGGUUUUGCUGGUGUGCCUCCGACGGUUAUGGCCAGGUGCUUGCAUAGUGGGUUUAAUCAUCCUGAAGGUUAUGACCGGUCUGCGAAAAACGUCAAGUUUGGGUCGCUGCAGAUGUUCCAGAAGAAUUAUGGAAGCUGCGAGGACAUGGGACCUGGUGCUUUUCCAGUUCAAGAGGUUCAUAAGAUCUCUGUAUUGGAUAUAAGGCUGGCAAAUGCAGAUCGGCAUGCUGGAAAUAUCUUGGUCUGCAAGGCAGGGGAUGAAGGAAGAACCGUUCUGAUUCCUAUAGACCAUGGAUACUGCAUCCCUGAAAACUUUGAAGAUUGCACCUUUGACUGGCUUUACUGGCCCCAAGCUCGCGAACCAUAUAACGCUGAAACCGUUGACUACAUUAUGUCCAUGGAUGCCGAGAAAGACAUAGCACUUCUGAAAUUUCACGGUUGGGAGUUGUCACUUGAGUGCUCCCGCACACUUAGAAUCUCCACCAUGCUUCUGAAGAAGGGUGCACAGCGCGGGAUGUCCCCAUAUGAAAUCGGGAGCAUCAUGUGCCGGGAAACUCUGAACAAGGAGUCGGUCAUCGAGGAGAUCAUGCAUGAAGCACAAGAGGGCAUUCUCCCAGGCAUGAGCGAGACUGCGUUCCUGGAUGAUGUUUCCCAGAUCCUGGAUCGUCGCCUGGAUGACCUCGUUGCAAAAAAGGGGAUUUGAUUUUCUCUUUCCUAACACCGAAGAUGUCACGUACCAGAAUGCAUAUCUUGUAUAUGCGUACAUAUGUAUAUACAUGUAUCUAUGUACGUAUAUAUGCAUAUGAGUGUGCAUGCGUGUGCAUAUUCGUAUGCACGUAUGCAUAUAUACUAUAUAGCAGCUAGAACUGACCCCCCCUCUGUUUUGUUUAUAUUCGUCUUUGCAACCGCAAGGAGGUGAGAGGUUGCUUGAUAUUUCAGACUGCAGCUUUGUUUUUGCGUUUGUUUGUAUGCUCUCAAACUGUUUUGACAGGUUAAAGUCCACUGUCACUGUAGCUUGUGACUUGCUUUUUCGAUUCAUUGUAGCCUUCUCAGACAGUAAGAUUGCUAAAAUAAUGUAUGUCUUAUAUUAUAUUUUCUGUUGUUUA